CGAUGUGGUGCGGUUAUAUGCGAUCAGGGGAAGGGGGAACUCCAUCACGACGAUGUUGCUUUUAGCCCAUUUUGCGGGGAGGAGUUCAUGAAACAAAGAAGUUGGCCAGCCCAACAGAAUGAUGCUUACUCUGACUAUCCCAACAGAUUCAUCCAACAUGACAGACUAGCCUGACUGAGCCUCGCCAACAUGGAGCUUUGUUCUUCUCACCACACCUCUUCCUUAUUUUUCUUCUUCUCCUCAGCACAAUUGUCAAGAAUCUAUACAAAGACGAAAUGUCGAAAGAAACAACCAUCCCUCCUCUCCCAAAAAAGCGACUAUCCCUCCUCCACCGUCUAAACUGCUUCUUCCAACUCUGGCUUCUCAAAUCCCUCGCCAAGCUAUACUUCUUCUUCCUCCGCCUCAUCCACCCCUCUCCACCAAGCACCCAACCAACCCUCACCAAGCGCUACACCUGCCGCCCAGCCCUCGAAACCCGCAUCUUCUACCCACGCACCUACGACCCCUCCCAGCGCCAACGCCUCCCCCUCUACCUAAACAUCCACGGCGGUGGCUUCGCACUAUGCAACGCCACAAUCGACGACCCCUUCUGCAGCGCCUGGGCCAACCGCACCGGCAUGCUCGUCAUCAGCCUCAACUACCGCAAAGCGCCCCUCCACCCCUUCCCAACCGCCACAUAUGACAUCGCCGAAGUCGCCAAGAGCGUCCUCUCAGACGAAAACCUCCCAAUCGACCCCGCGCGCAUCGCAAUCGGCGGCUUCAGCGCAGGCGGCAACCUCGCGCUAUCCGCCUCGCAACUUCCGGGCCUGAAAGGCCGGAUAAAAGCAGCUGUGAUCUACUACCCCAUCGUAGACUUCGGACACCCGCCCAAUGAAAAGCUCGAAUCAAGACCGUACACGGGCGAUCCGCCAGAUCGACUAGAGAAGACCUCCUGGUGGCUAGAUUGGGGGUAUGUGUCCGUGGGGCAGAACAGGCGCGACCCCCUGCUUAGUCCGACAUAUGCGGCGCGAGACGACCUGCCGCCAUGGGUUUAUAUGAUCGGCGCGCAGUGGGAUAUGCUCCGGUUGGAGGCGCAGCAGAUGAUUCAUCGGUUGGCGGGGCUGGAGGGGAGGGUUGGGGCGCAGCAGGAAGAGGACUUUGAGACGGGGAGGUAUAAGUGGACGUUGGCGAGGGGGUGUUCGCAUGGGUUUACCCAUGCGUCGCCGGGUCGGAAGAAGGGGGGCGCGAGUGCGCGCAAGAGGGAGGAGAUUGCGAGGGGGAUCUAUGAGGAGGCGUAUGAGUGGUUGGGAAAGGCUGGGGUUCUUGCUAAGUAACGUUGCGUGAGUGAACUGCAAGCAGAUCAGCCUCACUUGACGGUACAAUCAUCUUGACAUGACGAAACUGAUGCAGACACACAAAGCCUUCCUCCUUAUGAGCUUUGGUGAGCACACUAUCUCUAUUAGGGGCUGACACGCUAGGGGCGCGAAUGGAAAAGGUGCUGAACGACCUGUGUAUACAAAAGCUGAGAGAUCUGCUAUGUAUAUGUUGAUAAGAUUCAUACAGCGAUAGACUUACU